AUGCAGGCGGUUCGAUCGCGCCGAACUUGCCGAGCAUUUCAGCGGCGCCCUGUAACGCAGGAGACGGUCGAGGAGCUGCUGUCGCUGGCUUCCCGCGCACCGUCCGGGGGAAAUACUCAGCCUUGGCAUGUAUACGUUGUGGCGGGCAUGCAGCUAGAAGCUUUGACAGAUGCGGCUUUUGUGCACCUUCGUGGCAUGGGCAAGCAGAACAGCAUUGAGUUGGAGUACAACGUCUACCCUCGCAAAGCUGACAUGCCUCCGGACCUGCACAAGGUUUAUAUGAGCCGGCGCAUCCAGCUGGCUGAAAGCAUGUGGCGAUUGCGGGGUAUCACCAGAGAAGAUGCUGCAGGGCGCUAUCGUAUGCUCCUGGACAACUACCGCUUUUGGGGCGCGCCUGUGGGCAUGAUCAUUACCGUGGAUCGUUGCUGCGACAGGAAUGCCUGGGGACAUGCAGGUCUACUCCUCCAGAGCAUUGCUCUGUUGGCGGUGGAGCGUGGGCUUGCCACAGCAAUGCUGGAAGCAUGGGGAAACCUUGGCAGUUGUGUCUAUGAUGCGCUCAACAUUUCCAUGGACAGAGAAGUGGUUUGGUGUGGGGUCGCUCUGGGCUAUCCAGAUCACUCGGGGGACCUGAGCGGCAUUCCUACUGACCGCCUGGACGUGCAUGACUUCUGCCGAUUUCAGGGCUUUGUCUCUCGUCAGAACUUCAAAGUUGUGAUCAUGCAGAAGAAAAAGGGCCGGCAUGCAGCUCACUUUGGUGUCAGAGUGGUCGACUUCGUUUUGGAUGCGCGCUAUGGGGAAGAAGAGGCUGUUCAAGAUGCCAUCGCCGCAGGAGUGCAGGUAAAUGCUCGUAGCCAUGGUGGGUCCACUGCGCUUUUCAUGGCUAGCGCAAACGGGAACGUCGGCAUCGUACGCAAGCUGCUAGACGCGCGUGCAUCAACAGAUUUGGCAAACGAUGCUGGUAACUGCCCGCUGCACUGGGCUUCGCUAAAUGGCCAUGUGGAGGUGGUAAAGAUGCUUAUUGCAGCACGUGCAAAUGCGAAUCUGAAAAAUGAUUUUCAGAAGAGGCCAUUCGACGAAGCCCUUAGCAGGAGCCAUUCCGAAAUUUGUGAGACUCUUGCAGCCGUCACGUCCUUUGAAGACGAUAUACCUGCAGAUGCGGAGGCUGCCGAGGCGAUGGAUUUGAUCGAUUCCGCAGCUAUGCAUGCUGUGGUGCCCGCCAAGGCAACAGCACAGCCCUGCUGCUCCACCGCCAAACAUGCUGCGGAUGUCCAAGAGGGAAGCCAGGAGGUCACCUCGGAAAAGGGCUCCAUGGCCCAGUCCCAAGCCGUUGCUGCAUGCCAGCAUGAGCCUGGCGCAACAGGCUACAUGGGGUGCGUGGGAGCAGAUGGCUUUGGUGAACGGCUGGCCCGAGAAUGCGAAGCAGCCGGAGUGACUACGAGGCUCCUUGUGGACCGGGAGGCUGCCACAGGCACGUGUGCAGUCACAAUCUUGGAUGGAGAACGGUCACUGACAACACGGCUCGGUGCUGCGAACAUGUACAAGCUGGAUCAUGCCAAACAACCAGAGAACUUUACAUUGUUGAGGUCUGCAAAGAUUAUCUACAGCGCGGGCUUCUUCAUCACCGUGUCGCCAGAAUCUAUUGAUUUGGCAUCCAGAGUCGCCGAGAUGUCGGGGGCAAUCUAUUGUCUCAACCUCUCUGCCACGUUUGUCGUCCAAGUCCCUGCCUAUCGUGCCAUGUUGGAAAAGACGCUGCCGUACUGUGACUUUCUCUUUGGAAACGAAACAGAAGCGAGAGCCUAUGCAGAAGCAGCUGGCUGGGACUCUUCUGACAUUGGCUUCAUUGCCACCAGAUUGUCUUUAGUCCCGAUGGCUGGCAAGAAGCCGCACCGGAAGAUUGUGAUCACGCAAGGAGCUGAACCGAUUGUGGUUGCUGAGCGGGGCCAUGUGACGCUGUAUCCAGUCCCGCAACUGCCGUCAGAAAGGAUCGUGGACACAAAUGGGGCUGGCGAUGCAUUUGUCGGUGGUUUCUUGGCAGCACUCCUUCGAGGGCGGAAGCUGGCUGACUGCUGCCAGGCUGGCUCCUGUGCCGCUGUCACCGUGAUCCAGCACUCUGGGUGCACUUUCCCACGCGAACCCUCAUGCACACCAUGA